CUCAGCGGAGAAGUGUGACAACUGAAUCCAUCACACACACACACAUACACAGAGAGAGACAUACAGAUACACACACCUCUGGAUUUUGGAGUUGGACAGAGAUUGGAAUACAACAUGCUGAAGAGUGGAGUAGCCGCUGCUGUUGUCGCUCUCUUCGUCAAUGUGUUUGUCGCCAGAGCGUCAGCCUCAGAUUCCUUUCCCAAAGCACAAAAUGUCACUUGGAUAUCUACCAACUUUAAAACCCUGCUGAAGUGGGAACCCAAGCCGACAGCUGAUUACACCUACACUGUUGAGUUCUCUCCGCUUGGUAAGGACCGACAGAGGAACCCUCACUGCAUCCGGACCACAGAGACAAUGUGCGAUUUGACCAACUCUCUGAGCGACGUGAAGGCCACCUACUCGGCUGACGUGCGGUCUGAACCCCCCCGCGGGGUGAACUCCGACCUCAUCGAGUUCCCCUACACCAGCUCAGAGCGAUUCUGCCCCUACAAAGACACUGACAUAGGCAAACCUGACUUCAAAAUCGAGGUGAGCAAGGACAAAAGGAAGACCACCCUGUACGUGAGCGACCCGCUCACCGCCCUGUUCGAGAACGGCCGCCAGCUGAGCAUCAGGGAUGUCUUCGCAGACGAACUGCAGUACAAGGUUCUCUACUGGAGGGCCACAAGCACGGGCAAGAAAGUGCACUUGUCCAAGAGCAGUGAGAUAGAGCUGACCAGGCUGGAUCGAGGGGAGAGUUACUGCUUCACCGUCCAGGCCUACAUCCCCACCCGCAGCAUCAGCAAGCAGCUGGGAGACCCCAGCCACGUCAAGUGCUCCCAAAAUGAUAACCCCUCUAUAUUCGACAAGUACUCCGUCGGUGUGAUCGUAGGUGGCAUCUUCCUCAUUCUGCUGUUUGUCGGAGGCGUCAUCGCUGCCAUAGUGUUCUGCUGCAAGCGCAAGAGGAGAGAUGAGAAAACUGGGAAAGAGGGAACGCCACUGCAAAGUGUGUGAGCAGUGUGUUUUCAGCAACAGACACACACAGAAACACUCCAUCGCUCACUCAGUUGUGGGAAAAUAAGGUACAGCUGGACUGGACUGAAGCCUAUGAGGGAGGGUAGGAGGGCAGAGCCAGUUCAACAUUCCACUGUCAGACACUGGAAUUGAAUCCUCCCUUUAGUUUCUGUGAAACUACCUCGUGAAUAUGUGACAUAUUUCUAUCUGUCCUUUGAAUGCUGCAGAUAAUACUGUUUGAACAGAAUGAAAAUCAAAUGCUCCACGUAUUGGUCAAAGGGAUUUUAGCCACACUGCUCAAGCCUGACAACAUUCUGUUCUUUAUUGUUUUUAGUUUUAUUUUCCAUUUUUUAUUUUUAGUCUUGGUGACUGGUACUUCUGCUGUUUCUUGACUUAUGAUAAACACUACCAACUGCUUUUAUUUAUUUUAUUUUGUCUAACCAUAUCUAACUUAAUAUUACUGCUGGGAAAAUAGGAUAUGAUUUUUGGGAGAGUGGUGAAUACUACAUUAUAUUGGAAAUCAAGAUUAGUAUAUUUUAUUUUUGUAUUCAAGUGGUUAAUUUAUUGUGUUUAACUGCAGUUAACGUGUUGUUUGUAUAUGAUGCUAUUUUUGGCUGUUUUAUGCUUCAGUGGACUGUUGGAGAUCAGCUGAAAUAUUGAAAUGUAUAUAAAUCUUUUCUACAAUGCACAUCCACAGAUUUGAAUAAAAUCUACUGCAUUUGUCUAUGUGAAUAAUGUCCGACGAUUGUGGAUUGUUUUAUACACAUGGUUUUCAUACUGUCUAACAAAUUACACUAAUGUAGUUGUAAAGGUGUUCACACUGAAAAUGCUGGUGUUUGGUGUUUUGUGGGUUAUUAAACAUGGAGGGUGC